AUUUAAUACUAAACCAAUCACUUUUUGUUGUGUCGUCACUUUACUUCUCUUUAAAUAAUCUCUUUCUCUAGUGAUUGACUUUAGGAACAAGUGAAGUGAGUGAUUUUUAAUAAUCGCCGGCCGAGAGAAUGGGAAGGGCGCCGUGCUGUGAGAAGGUAGGAAUUAAGAAGGGGCGCUGGACGGCGGAGGAAGACCGGACUCUCUCCGACUACAUUCAGUCCAACGGCGAAGGAUCAUGGCGUUCUCUUCCCAAAAAUGCCGGGCUAAAGAGAUGUGGAAAGAGCUGUAGAUUGAGAUGGAUAAACUAUUUGAGAUCAGACAUCAAGAGAGGAAACAUAACUCCCGAAGAAGAGGACGUCAUUGUUAAACUGCAUUCCACUUUGGGAACCAGGUGGUCAACAAUUGCGAGCAAUCUACCGGGAAGAACAGACAACGAAAUAAAAAACUAUUGGAAUUCUCAUCUCAGCCGUAAACUCCACGGUUACUUCAGAAAACCAACUGUCGCCAAUACCGUCGAGAAUGCGCCUCCGCCUCCUAAGCGUAGACCUGGAAGAACCAGCAGAUCCGCCAUGAAACCCAAAUUUAUCCUAAACCCUAAAAACCACAAAACCCCUAAUUCUUUUAAAGCAAACAAAAGUGACAUCGUUUUGCCAACUACGACAAUAGAGAAUGGAGAGGGAGACAAAGAAGACGCAUUAAUGGUGUUGUCAAGUAGUAGCUUAAGUGGAGCAGAGGAACCCGGUUUAGGACCAUGUGGUUAUGGAGACGAUGGCGAUUGUAACCCAAGCAUUAAUGGCGACGAUGGAGCUUUGUGUCUCAAUGACGACAUUUUCGAUUCUUGUUUUCUAUUGGACGACUCUCAUGCUGUCCACGUGUCCUCAUGUGAGUCGAACAACGUAAAAAACUCUGAGCCAUAUGGAGGGAUGUCAGUUGGGCACAAAAAUAUCGAAACGAUGGCUGAUGAUUUCGUUGACUGGGACUUUGUAUGGAGAGAAGGUCAAACCCUUUGGGACGAAAAAGAGGAUCUUGAUUCGGUUUUGUCGAGGCUGUUAGAUGGAGAGGAAAUGGAAUCUGAGAUCAGACAAAGGGACUCCAACGACUUUGGAGAACCGUUGGAUAUUGACGAAGAAAACAAGAUGGCUGCUUGGCUUUUGUCUUGAAAGAUUUGACACCAUGCAUAUGCCUUUUUCUCCGUUAGAUUUUAGCAAAGACCCCACGUGGCAGGAUCUGGUCGGUUUGUCAAUAGAACAUGUUUGUCCCCUAGCGUUCGUUUUUUAGUUUUAAAUGUAUUUAUAUUCUUUUUUAUUUCUUUUCAUGUGUAAAUACGAUUUUGGCGGUGGCAAAUAAACAAAAUAAAGUCGAUCUUCUUAGUUC